AUGCCAAGGAGUAAACAGAAAAGCAUAGCAACAACUAAGUCAACUAAGUCCGCUGUCUCACUCCCCUCAGCCUGGGCCAACCUGGACUCCUUCAUCCCAAAUGAGGUGGCCUCUACAUUUUAUAUGAAGGCUUUGACUUUCCAUUCAACUGUGAUCCAUCUUACAACAUGGCAAAACAAUACAGAUGGGAGGAUAAAACUGAACAACACAGCUAAAAUAAAGUGUCUUCCCAGACUACACAUUGUGGAAACAGGAUGAAGCUGACCAGUGAGAAGUUGCCCAAGAACCCGUCUUAUACCUCUCUAUCCCAGGGUGGUGCUAAGAACCCAAAAUUCUUCCAAUGGAGGAAGGAAAAGACUGGUCGUUACGGCCAUGCGAAUUUGGUGGAUAAGGCAUUGCAGCUCUUGGAGGAAAGAAUAAGGAGAGGGGAUGCUAUGGCAUAUUUCCUCCGAGGCCAACUAUAUUUUGAAGAGGGAGCUUUUAAGGGAUGGUAUGAAGAAGCAUUAGAACAGUUUGAAGAAAUCAAGGAAAAAGACCAUCAAGCAACUUACCAGCUAGGAGUGAUGUAUUAUGAUGGGCUGGGGACACCUACAGACGCUGAAAAAGGAGUGGAAUAUAUGAAGAAAAUUGUUGAUUCUCCAUGUCCCAAAGCAAGACACUUAAAGUUUGCAGCUGCCUACAACCUUGGAAGAGCUUAUUAUGAAGGGAAAGGCGUCAAACGAUCAGAUGAGGAAGCGGAAAGACUAUGGCUUUUUGCUGCAGACAAUGGAAAUCCAAAAGCUAGUGUGAAGGCUCAAAGUAUCCUAGGAUUGUAUUAUUCAACAAAAGAGCCUAAAGACUUAGAAAAGGCAUUUUAUUGGCACUCAGAAGCAUGUGGCAAUGGAAAUCUGGAGUCCCAGGGUGCACUUGGACUAAUGUAUUUUUAUGGACAAGGCAUCCGCCAGGAUACUGAAGCCGCCUUGCAGUGCUUACGGGAAGCAGCAGAACGUGGAAAUGUCUAUGCUCAAGGGAAUCUCGUGGAGUAUUACUAUAAGAUGAAAUUUUUUACUAAGUGUGUUACAUUUUCCAAAAGGAUUGCUGACUACGAUGAAGUUCAUGACAUCCCCAUGAUAGCCCAGGUCACAGACUGUCUCCCAGAAUUCAUCAUCAGGGGCAUGGCCAUGGCAUCUUUCUACCAUGCCCGAUGCCUUCAGCUUGGCUUGGGUAUCACAAAGGAUGAAGCAACAGCUAAACACUACUAUUCUAAAGCUUGUCGUCUGAAUCCUGCAUUGGCAGAUGAACUUCACUGUUUACUUAUUCGUCAAAGAAUUUAGACCAUAACGCAUUUCAACAAAGAUCAUCAACCCUAACACCUCAGAAUGAUCAGAAGCCAGGCCUCACCUGGAAUGUUUUCAAGCAGCUUCUGCUGUGCCCUCUGUUUUGUUGCCUGACUUUGUUCUUCGCUUCUGAUUGUGGUCGGUGGCGCCAAUUUCCCAUUUGGCCAAAAAGCAUCCCGGAAA